AUGGAGAGAACUUGUUUCCUAUUCCUCCUUGGCGUGUCACUUCUCGCGGUGCAAUUUUACAUGGCAAGCUUAGUUGUUGCAACUCUUCCCAACAUUACCACCGAUCAAUAUGCUCUUCUUGCUUUAAAAGCUCAAAUUUCUCAUGACCCUUACAAUGUUUUGACAAACAACUGGUCCACCAGCUCCUCUAUUUGCAACUGGGUUGGUAUCACUUGUGGUUCCAGCCAUGGUCGAGUCAUUGCAUUAAACCUUUCUUACAUGGAUCUUGUAGGCACCAUUCCUCCACACAUUGGAAACCUUUCAUUUCUUGUUAGUCUAAACAUUGAAAACAAUAGUUUUCAUGGUUCUCUGCCUAACGAGUUGUCUUAUCUUUACCGGUUGCAACACUUAUCCUUUGGAUUCAAUAACUUCAACGAAAAAAUACCAUCAGGGAUGGGAUUGUUAUCCAAACUUCAAACUUUGUCUCUAUAUGGUAACCGAUUCUCAGGGACUAUUCCACCAUCUUUAUCUAACAUAUCUUCAUUGCAAAUAAUUAAUCUUAGUUAUAACCAACUUUCGGGCUCCAUUCCAUCCUCCAUCUUCAACAUAUACAACUUGCAAGGAAUUGAUCUCAGAGACAACUUGCUCUCUGGUCCGAUGCCUUCCAAUGUUUCCAACAUGUCGUCACUGCAAGUCAUUAACCUAGGAGGUAAUAAUUUCAGUGGAAGUUUACCUUUGGAAAUUGGAAACUUAAUCAUGCUCAAAGAGUUAAACCUUGGCAACAACAUCUUUGGAGGUACUAUCCCACCCACAUUAUUCAAGUGCAAACAACUGCAAAUUUUAGCUUUGUUUCAAAAUAAGUUUAUAGGAGGGGUACCUCUAGGAAUUGGAAACCUAACCAUGCUCAAGGAGUUACGGAUUUCUGAAAACAACUUUGGAGGUGAAAUACCAAGUGAAAUUGGUAAUCUACAAAAAAUUGAGAUCUUCAAUAUCGGUUACAACAACUUCACUGGUCCAAUUCCAUUUGAGAUCUUUAAUAUCUCAACAAUACAAGUAAUUUCAAUGCUUUCCAAUAACUUGUCAGGCGAUCUUCCAUCCGAUGUAGGCUUCCUACUUCCAAAUCUCCAGGUACUUUAUCUAUGGGGAAAUCAACUAAGUGGCACAAUUCCCAGCUCUCUGUCGAAUGCUUCACAACUCAAUCUCUUAGAUCUGCAUGACAACUCAUUCUCAGGCUUAAUUCCUAAAGCACUUGGUAACUUAAGGCUCCUCCAGUGGCUCAACGUAGGAUACAAUAAUUUGACCAUUGAAUCUUCCACUCCAGAGUUCAACUUUUUCUCUUCUCUAUCUAAUCUGACAUAUCUAACACUGUUAGGAUUGUCAGGUAAUCUACAAAAUAGGAUCCUUCUUGAUUCCAUUGGAAAUCUCCCAACUUCUCUUCAACAACUUUUCAUAGAUGAUUGCAAUAUUAAGGGCAGUAUUCCGAGUGAUAUAGGAAAUUUAACCAACUUGAUACUUUUGUCACUACGGUUCAAUGAUUUGGCUGGCCCUAUUCCAACUGAUGUGGGAAGAUUGCACAAGCUUCAAGCUUUGAGACUCGAUAAUAAUAGACUCCAAGGUCCCAUCCCAAUUGAUCUUUGUCAUUUAAAGAGCUUGUUUGAGUUGUAUUUAGGUGAUAAUGAGCUUUCUGGACCUAUUCCUACAUGUGUAAGUAAUAUGACUUCUUUAAGAGGUCUUUACUUGAACCUCAACGAAUUAACUUCUACGAUUCCCUUGAGUUUGUGGAAACUUACAGAUAUCUUAACUAUUGACUUGUCAACAAAUUCUCUAAAUGGCUCUCUCUCAUUAGAGAUGGGACAUUUGAAGGUCUUGAGAGUAUUAGAUUUAUCAAAAAAUCAACUAUAUGGCGAUAUCCCAACAACAAUUGGUGGCCUCGAAGAUAUAGCUAAUCUCUCAUUGGCAAACAAUCGAUUAGAAGGCACAAUUCCUACAUCUUUUAGUGAAUUGGUAAGCGUGGAAUUCUUGGAUCUUUCGAAUAACAAUUUAUCUGGAGAGAUUCCCAAGUCCUUAGAAGCACUUUCACAUCUCAAAUAUCUAAAUGUCUCUUUCAAUAGACUACAAGGAAAAAUUCCUAUAGGAGGACCAUUUGCACACUUCUCCGCUGCAUCAUUUAUGUCAAAUGAUGGACUUUGUGGUGCUCCCCAACUGCAAGUUCCCCCAUGUAAAGAAGGUGUUUCUCGACCAAAAAAUACGGUAGCAGCUUCUAUGCUAAAGUAUGUAUUACCAGCAAUUGGGUUAACAUUGAUUGUAGUUGCUCUUGUAGUAGUAUGGACAAGACGCCGAAAAAAGAAUGCAAAACUUCCAAAGGAGGCAAACUCAAUACCACUAGCGACAUGGAGAAUAAUUUCCCAACAUGAACUAAUACAAGCAACAGAAGGGUUCAACACAAGCAACUUACUUGGUAAAGGGAGCUUUGGAUCAGUAUACAAAGGGACCCUCUCAGAUGGAAUGAUAGUUGCAAUAAAAGUUUUCAACUUGGUAGUAGAAGGGGCAUCCAAAAGUUUUGAUACAGAGUGUGGAGUACUACGCAAUAUUCGUCAUCGGAAUCUUAUUAAGAUCAUCAAUGCAUGCAGUAGCAUUGACUUCAAAGCUUUUAUAUUGGAAUACAUGCCUAAUGGAAACCUAGAGAAGUGGUUGUAUUCUCCAGACCGUUGUUUGAGUAUCUUACAAAGACUAAAUAUAAUGAUUGAUGUCGCAUCGGCACUGGAAUACCUUCAUUAUGGUUAUUCAACACCUAUUGUUCAUUGCGAUUUGAAGCCAAGCAAUAUCUUAUUAGAUGAAGAUAUGGUUGCACAUGUUGCUGAUUUUGGCAUUGUGAAACUGUUAGGUGAUGGGGAUUCUAUGAUGCAAACCAUGACUCUCGCUACUAUUGGGUAUAUGGCACCAGAGUAUGCAUCGGGAGGAAUUGUUUCUACAAGAGGCGAUGUGUAUAGUUAUGGUAUUUUGCUGAUGGAAACUUUCACAAGAAAGAAACCUACAGAUGACAUGUUUGAUGGAGAAAUGAGCUUGAAGCGUUGGUGUUGUGCUGAGUUACAUGAGCAAAGGAUUAAUGCAAAAGGUAUUUUAACCACACUCAACAAGAUCAAAUUGAAGUUUCUACAAGAUACUGAAGGAAGCUGAUAUGUGAACAUACAGUUUGUAUGUAGCUCUUUUAUGUUCGUGCUUUUGAAAUAAUGUAAUAGUUUUGAGACUCUCCUAAAGAUAUUUGUUUAUAGCCAUUGCAUUGUUAUAGUCGAAAAUAAUAGUAACAUUUAUAAACUGGUACAAUUAAUGAUUGUAGUGACCUAUAAACAGGUACAAUUAAUGAUUGGGUUUUGUGUAAAAGGCAUGCUUUUGGUGACUGAGAAAAGAAGGCAAAAUUGUAGUCGUUUAGUGAACAUACUAACGCAAUUAGAUUAUGGUGAUCGGGAAGAAGUACAAGUAUUCUUUUUUCAUUUGUUUGGUUUGUGUUUGGCUCCUAAGAA